GCACAAUGUACUAGUAGUAGUAACUCAAACUCUAACGCUGUUCCUAUCAAUCAUCCCUUUUACUAGUUCAAAACUUCAAACAAAUAUAUCCCUCCCAGAAACUUUUCUUCCAUCUCUAAAAGAAAAGGAAAAGAAGAACAUGGCAGCCACGACCACCACCACCACCAGCACCUGUUUUCUGUUUCUGUUCAUCUUGUCUCAAGUCCGGGCCCAACCCACGGCGCCGUCACCCGCCGCGGAUGUCUGCAACGGAGUUUUUCUCUCCUACACUUUCACGUCGUCUCGGAAAAUCCCACCCACGCUCAGAUCCGUCCCGGCCCGACAGCCAUACCGCUUCCAGUCUACCCUCCAUGUUCUCAACAAUGGCCUUCAGGAACUCAAGUCGUGGCGGGUUUUUGUUGGUUUCCAGCACGACGAGUUCUUGGUGUCUGCUUCUAACGCUGUGUUAGCAGAUGGAAGCUCUUUGCCUGUGGGUGUGGGAAAUGGGACCGUCUUCGCGGGUUACCCGAAUUCGGAUCUCAAGACUGCCAUUGAAACAGCUGGAGAUCAGACUCAGAUGGGUGUUCAGGUCGAUUUGGUCGGGACCCAGUUCGGUGUUGGGUCGCCUGAUGUCCCUAUGCCCCAAAACAUCUCUUUAGUCAAUGAUGGUUGGCUUUGCCCGAAACCCAGCACGCAAGGAAAGAAUGUAAUGCAAGUAUGUUGCACCCAAGAUUCAAAGUUUAAGGCCAAUGUGACAACUGAAGAAUUUCUUCCUCGUCAAAAUGGUGAUCUGACAAUCAUGUAUGACGUAAUCAGAACGUAUGACUCUAAUUACUGGGCACAAGUUACGAUCUCCAACCAUAAUCCCCUUGGCCGUCUUGAUAACUGGAAAUUGAGCUGGGACUGGAUGAGAGAUGAGUUUAUCUUUGCAAUGAAGGGUGCAUAUCCUGCAGUGGUUGAUACUUCUGAAUGCAUCUUUGGCAAACAGGGUCAGUUUUAUCGAGACCUUGACUUUUCCACUGCCCUGAAUUGUGAGAGAAGGCCAACCAUAAUUGACCUGCCUCUGGCAAAGACUAAUGACACAAAUCUGGGGAUGAUACCUUUUUGUUGCCGGAAUGGGACAAUUUUGCCACCAUCUAUGGACCCAAGCAAGUCAAUUUCGUCAUUCCAGAUUAAUGUUUUCAAAAUGCCACCGGAUAAUAAUCGUUCCCAGCUAAAUCCUCCACAGAACUGGAACAUCACUGGCACGGUGAAUCCUGAUUACCAGUGUGGACCUCCAGUACGGGUAAGUCCCAGUGAAUUUCCAGACCCAAGUGGGUUGCUCUCAAAUACUGCUGCCGUUGCUAGCUGGCAAGUAGUCUGCAAUAUCACACAACCAAAGGGAGCAAGCCCAAGAUGCUGCGUAUCAUUUUCUGCUUACUACAAUGAAUCUAUCAUACCAUGCCAAACAUGUGCUUGUGGUUGCCCUUCUACUAGUACUAGUACAUGUAGUGCCAAGGCUCCAGCUCUCCUCCUGCCAUCCCAGGCUCUCCUCAUUCCUGUUGAAAAUCGAACUCAGCUGGCCAAGGCUUGGGCUGGUCUUCACCAUUUUCCAGUGCCAAAUCCACUGCCUUGCGCAGAUAAUUGUGGUGUCAGCAUCAAUUGGCACGUGGCUACAGAUUACAGUGGUGGAUGGUCUGCACGUAUUACAAUUUUCAACUGGGACGAUUUCUCUUUUCCUGACUGGUUUGCAGCAGUUGAAUUGGACAAAACUGCUUCUGGUUUUGAAAAGGUUUACUCUUUCAACGGAAGUACCUUAAGUGGUGUCAACAACACUAUUGUUAUGCAGGGUAUGGAAGGCUUGAAUUAUCUGGUGGCAGAAUCGGAUGGAGCUGACCCGCAGAAGGAUUUCAGAGUGCCCGGGAAGCAACAGUCAGUUAUCUCAUUCACAAAAAAGAAUAUACCAGGAGUUGACAUUGCUGGUGGUGAUGGAUUCCCCACUAAAGUUUACUUCAAUGGAGAGGAAUGCUCCCUCCCCAGAAUACUUCCAACCAAUAAUUCCUACAGGAUGGGCUCAUCCAUUAUAAUCUCUCUCAUUUUUGCCCUUGCAGUUUUCUUGUUUAUGCAGCAAUAACAAUGGAUUAGGUGUGUGAUUCAUUGAGAAUUGUGCUGCUCAUUCGUUUAUUCUUUUAUUGGUGAAUCAGCUGAUGACGUACCAAUUGGUCAGUGUUCAGUGUUUCGGUGAGAGAACUUCUGCAUUCAACCAUCGGUAGACGUACAAAUUGCUGCUACAAAUUUGGUUGUCGAUUCUCAAUGGUGAAUGUUGUGCAGAAAACCAUACUUGGGCUCGCAGCCACCACAUUUAGCUUCCAUACCAUGCUUUAUAGUUUUGUACAAUUCAUGUUUAUUCGCUUAUAUCAUUAUCUCCUGAAAGUGCAUUACAGUGAUUUUUUAAAUAUUUCUUUCUCUA